AUGGACUAUUUCAAUCUCCCUUCGUUCAUGAAGAAAUUCAACGUCGACACCAGUCUAAAUGAGUUGAGGAUACCACCCGAAUUUGUGUCGAUCCAUGGGGCAGAUCUCUCCUUCGACUGCCGCUUCGUGAUGCCGCGGGGAAGGAGUUGGCCAGUUCGCCUACUAAAGAUUGCUAGUGGAUGCCAUUUCCAUGCUGGUUGGGCGGAUUUCAGAAUCAUUAACAACAUUGUCCAUGACGAUUAUCUAACAUUCACUAUGGUCGACGAUGAAAUCUUUCAUGUGAAACGGUACAACCCUCGCACGGGUUGCCCACCGCUGUGUGAUGUUCAAGAACCAGAAAUUGAGUCAUCCGAUGACGAGGACUAUGCUCCCGAUCAAGGUGUCAUCGACGAUGAUGGCUGCCCCACGUUCGUGGUCACCCUUGACUGGUCGAACAUUAAGCGCUCACUGGAGAUCCCUUUUGCGUUUUGGCGUCGCCACAUUCGAAUGAAUGCACUGCAGGACCCCGUCUACUUCAAUGUCAACGGCGACACUUGGUAUAUAGUCCUCGAUCACAAUGAUUCCAAGAUAUGGGUGAAGCGCGGUUGGCGCCGUUUCAAGAAUGUCAACUAUCUGGUUGCCGGAACUCGAUGCCAUUUCAAGCUCAUUGACCGUAACGAAGUCCAAUUCUACGUAUGGUUUGAUCGCCCGUAG